AGGCGACCGCGAUGGAGACGUCGUCCGCCAUGGACGCUUGCCUCUCGCCGUUCGCGGACUACGCCAAGAUGGACAGCGACCUGCAUGUCUUUAGCCUCUCGCAGCUGCAGGACGGCCAUGUGCACAGCCUCUCGGACCUCCUGGCGGCGACGACGACCUACGAGGCGCCAGCCACGAGCCAACGACCGCGCUGCGCGCCGUGCAGCCGCAUUGCAGAGAACUGGGACGCGCGCAUCUUGUGGUUCACGCUCUACACGGUGCUAUGCUUGCUCGUCGUGUCGUUCGCCGUGCCCGCCUGCAUGGACGCGACGUCGUACCCGCUGGGCACGCAUCUCGAGUGCAUGGCGCCGUCGCCGGACCUCGGGCACUCGAAGCGGCAGUCGUACUUUGACAUGGUCAGCAUCAUGCUUAUCACUGGCAACGUCGUCGUGCUCAUUGGCGUCUCGCUCUACCUCGGGCUUCAAUGCACGUGGAGCAAGAAGAAAAUCAUGGCCAACCCCAACCAUGCCAACCUCACCAAUAGCUUUGUCUUACCGUGCUACGCCUUGGUCUGGUACAUUUUCGCAGGGCUCGGCGCGAGCUUCAUCGUCGGUGUCACGUUCUCUGUCUCGACUGCGCUCUGGGUCCACCCCGGUUUUGACGCGAUCUACUGCUUCCUCUUUCACUUUCCCAUCACCUGGAUCCGGCAGCUUCUCCCGGUCCUCAUGGUGCAAAAGUCGAUUUCAAAGGCGGCGAUCCUGCGCUCGGUCGGGCUGUCCGGCGCCAUGACCAUCGUCUUUAUGAGCUUUAUCUUCAUCGACAAGGCGUCGGAUGGCGUUCCGAUCUUCUUCCUCGGCUUCCACUUCGUCUCGCUACUGUACUAUGCGUGGACCAAGUACGUUUGCUUUGCACGGACGUCGUUUGACGUCGUAUACGUGCUCUUGGCGUUGACGUCCGUGCUCUACAUGCUACCCCCCGUGGUGCUGCUCUUGGACCAUCAAAUGCACCCGUCUGUCUUUAGCCGCGUCACUGUUGUCGGCAACGUGGUCGAUGCGUUCACGAUUCUCUCGAUUCUGCUGAGUCUUCGUGCCGACACGAAAUACUGGCUGGGCCUCGACGACAACUCUGUCCAGACUAACGAUCCAGCCAAGUUGUACCUCCGACUGAUUUCGGACCGAGGCAUGGUCUCAUCCUUCUCGACCCGCACGUCGGUGUACGAUGUCCACUACAUGAUUGAAGAGUUUAAAGACAGCAUGAUCGACUACUCGUGUCUGCACCUCGACGCCGUCAUCGCCCAAGGCGCAACCGCCGUCGUCCUCCGCGGCUCGAUGCACAAGCACAUACUGCGGCCAAAUGCCGCGGUCGCCAUCAAGAUGUACACGUCGCUCUUCGUGACGGACGACGACGUGCGCCGCUUCUCCAAGGAGACGUCGCUCAACAUUGGUCUCUCGCACCCCAACAUUGUGCGUUUUUACGGGCUCUGCGUCGUGCCGCCUGCGAUCUGCUUGGUGUUCGAGUACUGCGAGUGGGGAUCGCUCGAGCUCGUCUUGCUUGCGCAGAACCGGUCGACGACCGAGUGGGACCUCCAAACGAAACUCAAGGCGUGCUUGGAUGCGUGCCGCGCGGUCGCAUACCUCCACAGCUUUAGUCCACCGCUCUUGCACCGGGACAUCAAGACGGCCAACUUUUUACUCGCCUCGGAUGCGAUGCUCAAGCUUAGCGACUUUGGCGAGAGCAACCUCAUGCGACCCAAGAACGACGGCACGAUGACGGUCGUCGGCAGCGUCGACUUUAUGGCGCCUGAAAUGAUCUCGGGGGGCCGGCCCGCGUCAGCCGUGUACGGCACGGCGGCCGACGUCUACAGCUUGACGAUGACGCUGUGGCACAUUCUGGCUCCGGGUCGGAACCCGUGGAAAGGCCGGUCGCACUUUGAAGUGUACACCAAAACCAUCCAGGGCGAGCGCCCACCGAUACCGGAGACGCUGCCCACCGACUGCCACGAGCUGCUAGAGCGUGGGUGGGCACCGGACGCCGACGAGCGCUGGCACGCAGAUGAAAUGGAGGAGCUCGUGCUCGGGAUGCUCAAGGGCGGCGCCUCGUGUGUGCGGCUGGAGGCGCCAACCGCAUCGUCCUCCAUGUCGGGGACCUCGGGAAGCUACGUCUUGGCCCACUCAACCAGCAUGUAGAAGAACCCUAUUUAUUGAAAACAUACUACUAGCACUCGGGUGGC